UGAUGAAGACCCAAGGGGAAGAGAACGAAACUACACCCUGCUUGUAUGGCUGGGAGUACGACACCACGUGGCUGUCCCUGACCGCCGCUUCCCAGGAGGACUGGGUGUGCGAUAAGGAACUGUACCCAAAUACUGUGUAUUCCGUGAGCCUCUUCGUUUCCACCACCAUCGGAGUUAUUCUCUUUUACAUUGGUGACAGGUACCUGCCUGAGUCACCACGAUGGCUGAUAAAUAAAGGACGCACAGAAGACGCUUAUGAGGUCCUGGAACGUAUAGCGCACACAAACGGAAAAACUUUGUCUCCUGACAUCACGAAAAAAAUUGAUUUUCUGUGUCAACAAAGAACUUCGAAAAUGGGGUUUACAAUCAUCAUAACCAACAAGAAUCUCCUCAAAAAUACGAUUUUACUUGUGCUCAAUAGGUCAGCUGCUGCGUUUACUGUUUUCACCCUACUUUUCAGCAACAGUAAUUUCGGAGUGAAUCCAUUUGUUGCAUUCAUAGGAAAAGGAUCACUGCAACUGGUAGCAUUGUACGCGGGUCACGUUGUCGGAAACAAGUUCGGGAGACGGGUAACACAAUGUCUGGUGCUAAUGUCUACUGGUUUCUUCUGCAUCAUUCUCGUGUUCUUAACCACAGGACAUUCAACCCAGUGGAUCAUAACUACAUUUUCGCUGAUGCUACUGUUUUGCUGCGAGUGUUCGUAUUCACUCUCAAACCUGCAGAGCUUGGAAUUACAUCCAACGAGUAUACGACAAAUAGGAAUCGCAACUGAGUACGUCUUCGUUCAAUGCACUCUGACUGCUGCACCUCAUCUCGCUCACUUGGGGAAGACUUCUGGAAUGCAUAUCGUAUUCAGCGUGCUUGCAGCUGUGACACUGAUUAUGUCGGCUUUAAUGUCUUUUGUGCCGGAGUCAUUUAAUGAGAAGGUCCCGGAGGCGAAAAACGAUAUUUCACUCCUAGGAAAGAAUCACAAGUACUGGAGUCUUCCUACCAGAAAGUAA